CUGUUAACUUAUUUACUCGAUAAGAUGGAUACAUUUUGGGUCAGGAAUUAGCCGCCUGGUUCCCAUCCUGCGGCAAAGCAAUCCUGCUAUUUAACAUAUAUCAUUAGAUCUCCCUCGUCUUCGUCUUCGUCUUUUAGUUUUCCUUUUUUUGGCUCUAUGCAGCGUAUAUCAAAAAGUUCUCAGGUUGUUCGUUGUUCAAGGCUCUGCUCCACUGCGUCGUUCGUGGUGGUGCCCAAUUGAUAAAUAAGUUAAUAAUAUAUAUUUAACUCUUCUCUCCCCCCGCCAAACCCAACCAACCACAACCCGGAUUGGGCUGGGAGAGAGAGACCAAACAAGUGACCAACCCAACCCUCUCCCGCAUCAACAACAACAAACAUCAACAGCAGCAGCAGCAACAACAACUACUCAUAGACAUAUAUCUAUCUACUCACAUCCUAAUCCAAUACCAUCUGUUCAUUCAUUCAUUCAUUCAUUCAUUCAUUCAUUCAUUCAUUCUGCAUUCACUCACUCACUCCCUCACAGCGUCCCCGUCACCACCACUCAUUUCUAACCAAACCUCGACGACGUCCCCCUCCCCAAAUCAUUUGCCCCCACCCGACAACAGCGUCGAGGAUCGGCCAACAACCUGUUUCGUCAUACAAGAGAGAAAAGCUAAAACUAAAUAUAAAUAUAAAAAUAAACUAAUCAAAGAAAAAGAUAAAUACAUCGAACCUCCGGAUCCACUCCCCAGACCAUGGGUGACUCCUUCAAGGCGCGGACGCUGAAGCGAAAGAAUGUGAAAGGGCUAGCUCUCAACUCUGCCGGGCCAAAGGCUGGCUCCAAGUCCUCCGACGGUGAUGCUCAGAUGCCAGGCGCCAUCGGAAAUUCAGACAGCAACCGGACAGACACGCUGGAGAUCGGACUGGAGUUUAAGCUCGAUUUGAGGAGUGAGGACCUGGUGGUGCUGAAGGAGCUCGGUGCAGGCAAUGGCGGAACCGUCAGCAAGGUUAUGCAUGCGUCGACGAAGGUUAUUAUGGCUAGGAAGAUCAUCCGAGUAGACGCCAAAGAGAAUGUGAGGAAGCAGAUUGUACGAGAGUUACAGGUCGGCCAUGAUUGCAAUUCGCCGUACAUUGUCACGUUCUACGGCGCUUUUCAAAAUGAAGCCAGGGAUAUAGUACUUUGUAUGGAGUAUAUGGAUUGCGGCUCCCUUGACCGUAUCUCCAAAGACUUUGGCCCCGUCCGCGUCGACGUCCUCGGAAAAAUCGCAGAAUACGUCCUCGGAGGACUAGUGUACCUAUAUGAAACACACCGCAUCAUGCACAGAGACAUCAAGCCCUCCAACGUCCUAAUAAACUCAAGAGGAAAUAUAAAGCUAUGCGAUUUUGGCGUGGCCACCGAAACAGUCAACUCCAUAGCAGACACUUUCGUCGGCACAUCGACGUACAUGGCUCCCGAGCGUAUCCAGGGCGGGGCAUACACCGUGCGCUCAGAUGUGUGGAGUGUCGGUUUAACCAUAAUGGAGCUGGCUGUGGGCCGCUUCCCUUUUGAUGCAACAGACUCAGCUGCGGGUGACCGCGCAAGCGCGGGCCCAAUGGGAAUUCUGGAUUUGCUACAGCAAAUCGUGCAUGAACCGGCACCCAAACUGCCCAAGAGUGAUGCAUUCCCGCCGAUCCUAGAUGAUUUCGUCGCCAAAUGUUUGCUAAAGAAGCCAGAAGAGCGGCCAACACCGCGAGAACUAUAUGACAAAGAUGCAUUCCUCCAAGCCGCCAAACGCACCCCCGUAAACCUCCGCGAAUGGGCAAUCAGCAUGAUGGAACAGCACAACAGGAAAUCAUACCUCGCCCCUCCAGCCCCAAAAGCCAUCACCCGCGACGGCUCGCGGGAUUCCAUCUCCCACUCCCGAAACGCAGAGACCUCCCCGCGGCCCCGCUUCACACCGACGUCCGGCGAAAUCCCCCUAAACAUCGCCCGGGAACCUAACAGCAACAGCAGCAGCAGCAGCGGCGCGCGCAUGUACAGUGAUCCCAUGUCCGCCAUCGAACCCUCGUCCACAAUGGGCUUCGAGCACCUCUCCCUCGGCAGCGCCACCCACCACCAUCCAGACUACAACCACACCCACAACCCCGCCCACAAUCCUCUCCAGCACCUAACCUCCAACGGCACCAGCAACAGCAGCGCAAAGAGCAACAACAACAACAACAACAACGGCCACCCUCACUCCCACUCAACCCGCCAAUACCCCAGCCACCCACACAUCGACACCUCCGUCCCGCAGUACGCAUCGCCCAUGUCCGCGUCCGCCGCAACGACGCGCGCGGCGAUCCAAUCAGCAACACUGCCGUCGAGGCCCGCGCCGCCGCCCUCCGGCCCGCUACCUGCGCCUCCUGGCUCGGCGGGGUCUGGCGGUUGGCGGACGCAUAGUCAUCGGGUAUGAAGCUUGUGAGUGGGGGUUGGUGAGCGGUGGUGGGAGCGGGCGGAAAAGAGAGGGAAAGAGAGAGAGGAAUAUUAUGGGGUAUGUGAUUGUGAUUUAAAUUUAAGCCAUUUUGUCUUUUAUCUUUAUCUUCUGUUUUUUUUUUUCCCCUCUGGGCGUUCUCGUCGGUUGUGAAUAUCUUCCUCCUUUCUUCCUUUCUAGUUUAUUUUUCAACAGUUUAUUCUCCCCUUUUCUAGGAUGGAUUGGAUCCAUGGAUGUUAUAGCCACGCUUUUCUGGUUCUUUUUUCUCUGUCAUUUUACUCUGUUCUCUCUAUUCCCCCGACCCUUCCCCCCCCUUUUUUUUCUUUCUUUCUUUCCUCUUCUAUUCUAUUCCCCUCAACGCAAGGCAAGGAGGAGGGAAGCUAUCCAGUUUCUCUUAUCCCCCUCUUCUUCCACAACUCAGCUCAGCUCAGCUCUUAUUUAUUUAUUUAUUUAUUUAUUCACUUUUCUGUCCAGGAUUAUUGAAUAUGAAACACACACACGUGCACACUCUGACUCUGACUCUGACUGACUCUGACUCUUGACUCUGACUCUGACUCUUGGCGUUUCUCUCUUACCUCCUGACUCGUACCCAAUUCUUGCAAAGGCCGGGACGUAGGAAGUAGGAAGGAAGAAUACAGCCCAGCGGAACAUGAGACAAGGCGCAGGACGGCGUUGUUGACGAAGCGGCAGUCAUCAGUAGGAGGUGGGCGAAAAGGACGUAAAUCAUGGUUAACAACAGAUCUAUAUAUAUAUAUAUAUGUGUGUGUGUGUGUAUUUCAAUAGAUUUUUUUUAUCAUGAUUCUAGAUUAUAAAAGCACAGGAUAUCCCAAAACCACAUCUCUGUUGUUUGUAAGUCACAAGAAAAAAUUAAUUAUACGUAAGGGGAAAUAAACGAACAGACAAACAAACAAAUGACUUGCAUUCUUUUUCUUCUUUCUUAUGAACAUGUGAGCGAGAUAGAUAACAUGAGCCAGACAUUUGUAGAGAGUAACCAUGCAGUUAGUAUAUAAAAUGCAAAACAUAUAUAACCCAUCCAUCCA